AUGGACAUAGAAUUCAUGAAGUACAACUUGGAAGAGCUGUACAAGGAUUAUGGCAACUACAGUGACAGCACGAUGUCCCCGAAGGAAAACCACUUAUGCUCCACCGUUGAAGGGCCCCUACUGGCCUCCUUCAAGGCCACGUUUAUGCCGGUGGCUUACGGCUUCAUCUUCCUGCUGGGCAUGAUGGGCAACAUUGUGGUGCUGGUGAUUCUGGAGCGUCACCGGCACACACGCAGCUCCACGGAAACCUUCCUAUUCCACCUGGCAGUGACUGACCUCCUCCUAGUCUUCAUCCUGCCCUUUGCUGUGGCUGAGGGCUCCAUAGGCUGGAUCCUGGGCACCUUCCUCUGCAAAACUGUGAUAGCGCUGCACAAAGUCAACUUCUACUGCAGCAGCCUGCUCCUAGCCUGCAUUGCUGUAGACCGCUACCUGGCCAUUGUUCAUGCUGUCCACACCUACCGUCACCGUCGCCUCCUCUCCAUUCACAUCACCUGUGCCACCAUCUGGCUGGCGGGCUUCAUCUUUGCCUUGCCAGAGCUUCUUUUCGCCAAGGUCAGCCAACACCAUCACAACAAUUCCCUGCCACGUUGCAUCUUCUCCCAAGAGAACCAAGCAGAGAGCAAUGCCUGGUUCACCUCCCGCUUCCUCUAUCACGUCGGUGGGUUCCUACUGCCAAUGCUGGUGAUGUGCUGGUGCUACGUGGGAGUGGUGCACAAGCUGUGCCAGGCACAACGGCGCCCUCAGCGGCAGAAGGCAGUCAGGGUAGCCAUUCUGGUGACAAGCGUCUUCUUUCUCUGCUGGUCUCCCUACCACAUCAUCAUUUUCCUGGACACCCUGGUGAGGCUGAAGGCCAUGGACAAUUGGUGCGAACUGAAUGGCUAUCUCUCUGUGGCCAUCACAGUAAGCGAGUUCCUGGGCCUGGCCCACUGCUGCCUCAACCCCGUGCUCUACACUUUCGCGGGUGUCAAGUUCCGUAGUGACCUGUCUCGGCUUCUCACCAAGCUGGGCUGUGCCGGCCCCGCGUCUCUUUGCCAGCUUUUUCCAAAUUGGCGCAAGAGCAGUCUCUCUGAGUCAGAGAAUGCCACAUCCCUCACCACCUUCUAG